AUGCGUGGACCUCUGGGGGGGGGGGGGGAGUGCCCAGCCCUGCGUUUGUUUAGUUCGUUUUUGGAGCCUGGAUGUACGUGCAACCACAGUAGAGCAAGUGGAUACUGCAUUCGUAGAGAAACAGCUCCUGCGCACCUGGAUAGUUACAUCGUGUCGUUGGCAGCCAACGUGGUUCGCUCCUCUGUCCCGCCGUUGAAACACCGAAGCCCAAGCCGCUACGCUCAACUGCCCGGUAUACACAAGACACUUAGCGCGCACUGGGUCGCGACCUCCAACAAUAAGUACAAGCACAAGGCGCAAAGUAAAUCUGCUGAGAAAUUGGGCCAAGGGCUGGACCCUGAAGGCUUUUACCGCCUCAUAGGUGCUAGCCUCACCGGAGCGCUCGGCAACCUGGCUGGUCGCAAAGCUGCUGCAGAAGGCGGAAAGGGACGCCGUCUCCAGCUAGUCAUCGGCGAGAUAUUUUGCUGGAAAACAAUACUGAAAAUACGCCGAUUGGAGCGGAAUGUUGCUGUAGAUACGACUAUGUUUUAA